ACUCCACAGUUCUCUAUUAUCCAAUAAACCUCGACUCCAGAUAUCUCCGAACGAGCAACAAAUUUCGCGGCAAAUUUCUUAGAAAUCUCAAUGGAGUCUCUCAAGACUUCAUUCUUCACUCCUAUUCUACUCCCCCCCAUUUCAAAUCGCAGCCGCCGCUGCCCAUCGGAGUCCAGAAAACCCCAAUUUUUCAUCAUCCACUCAUCGGUAACUCCCGACCCGUGGUCUCUCAGCGAUGGCAAUCCCGAAAAGCCAAAACCCAGGUCCAAAAACGCCAAAAAGCCGCUCUCCGACRACAACGCCCGCCGAAUCAUCAAGGCCAAGGCCCAGUACCUCAGUGUUCUGCGUAGAAAUCAGGGCCCCAGAGCUCAAACGCCGAAGUGGAUUAAGAGGACUCCGGAGCAGAUGGUGCAGUACCUUGAGGACGAUCGAAAUGGCCAUCUCUAUGGAAAGCAUGUGGUGGCGGCGAUUAGGCACGUGCGGAGUUUGUCGCAGAGAGGUGAGGGAGAGUACGAUAUGAGGAUGGAGAUGGCUUCUUUUGUGGGAAAAUUGACCUUUAGGGAGAUGUGUACUGUGCUUAAGGAGCAGAAGGGGUGGAGGCAGGYCAGAGAUGUCUUUGAUUGGAUGAAAUUGCAGUUGAGUUAUCGCCCAAGUGUCAUUGUCUACACAAUUGUUUUGCGCACAUAUGGGCAAGUUGGAAAAAUAAAGCUGGCUGAAGAAACUUUCUUGGAGAUGCUUGAAGUUGGAUUAGAACCGGAUGAAGUUGCCUGUGGAACAAUGUUAUGUACAUACGCCAGAUGGGGACAUCAUAAGGCUAUGUUGUCUUUCUAUUCUGCUGUUAAGGAUAGGGGAAUUAUACCUUCUAUUGCUGUUUUCAAUUUUAUGUUGUCCUCUUUGCAGAAAAAGGGACUCCAUGCUAAGGUCCAUGAACUGUGGAGGCAGAUGGUAGAGAUAGGAGUGACAUUCAAUGAAUUUACCUAUACAGUAGUUAUCAACUCACUUGUUAAGGAAGGUCAUAGUGAGGAGGCUUUCAAAGUUUUCAAUGAUAUGAAGAUCUGUGGGUUUGUUCCUGAAGAGGUGACUUAUAACCUGCUUAUUAGUUUAAGCAUAAAAGGAGGGAACUCGGAUGAAGUUUUGAKACUCUACAAGGACAUGAGAGAAAAGGAAAUCGUUCCAAGUAACUACACUUGUUCUUCACUUCUGACAUUGUUUUACAAGAAUGGAGAUUAUUCCAAAGCCCUUUCUCUGUUUUUGGAGAUGGAAAGCAAAAAAGUGGUGGUUGAUGAAGUUAUAUAUGGAUUACUUAUUAGAAUAUAUGGAAAACUGGGUCUUUAUGAGGACGCCCAGAAAACGUUUGAGGAAAUGGAGCAGCUGGGUUUACUCACAGAUGAGAAAAGCUAUUUGGCAAUGGCUCAAGUCCAUCUCAGUUCAAGGAACUUUGAGAAAGCUUUAAACAUAAUUGAGUUGAUGAAAUCUAGAAACAUUUGGUUGUCAAGGUUUUCUUAUAUAGUCUCAUUGCAGUGUUAUGUUAUGAAAGAAGAUAUAAGGUCUGUGGAAUCCACAUUUCAAGCUUUAUCCAAAACUGGACUUCCUGAUGCUCGUUCUUGUUUUAAUAUUCUCAAUUUGUAUUUAAAACUAGACMUGGUGGAAAAGGCUAAAGAUUUUAUAGCCCAGAUAAGAAAGGAUGGGGUAGUUUUUGAUGAGGAACUUUAUAAAUUGGUUAUGAGAGUCUAUUGCAAAGAGGGGAUGUUAAAAGAUGCUAAGAUUUUAAUUGAAGUUAUGAGAAAGGAUGAAUCAUUUCUUGAUAAUAAAUUUGUGGAGACAUUUUCAUUUAUGAUUAAACUUGAUGGAGGUGAUAUAAAAGAAAAUGCAAUUGUAGGCUAUGAUCAACCAGAUUAUAUGGCUCUUGGAAUGAUACUUCGGCUGUAUUUGGCAAAUGGCGAUGUUGGUAAAAGGAACAAGAUUCUGAAAUUAAUACUUGGGAAAGGUGGCAUGAUGGUUGUGAGUCAACUCGUAACUAAUUUGAUUAGAGAAGGUGAUGCAUUUAAAGCAGGAACUCUUACAAAAGAGUUACUCAAUCUUGAUUGCCGCCUAGAUGAUGCUACUAUAGCUUCCUUAAUUAGUUUGUAUGGGAAGGAGAAGAAAAUAAAYCAAGCAGCAGAAAUUUUUGCAGCAGUUGCAGAUUCUUCCACAUCAAAAUUGAUUUGUGGUACAAUGAUUGAUGCAUAUACCAAAUGUGAUAAAGCAGAAGAAGCAUACACGCUUUACAAAGAACUAAUCRAGAAAGGGAAUGAUCUUGGAGCUGUUGCUGUCAGCAGAAUAGUGAAUACUUUGACUAUUGGUGGAAAACAUCAAGUGGCAGAGAAUGUCAUACGUGCUAGUAUUAAAUGUGGCUUGGAGCUUGAUACAGUGGCAUUCAAUACAUUUAUCAAGGCAAUGCUGGAGGCAGGUAAACUGCAUUUUGCAUCCAAAAUAUUUGAGCACAUGAUUGCUCUUGGCAUUGUUCCAUCAAUUCAGACGUACAACACCAUGAUUAGUGUCUAUGGACGUGGUAGGAAGCUUGAUAAGGCUAUCGAGAUGUUUAAUGCAGCUCGCAGCUCAGGCGUCUCUCCUGAUGAGAAGGCAUACACAAACCUGAUUAGCUGCUAUGGGAAGGCUGGUAAGACAAAUGAAGCAAGCUUGCUGUUCAAAGAAAUGCUGGAAGAAGGGAUUAAACCCGGGAUGGUCAGCUACAAUAUCAUGAUUAAUGUAUAUGCUACCGUGGGGCUUCACGAAGAAACAGAGAAGCUUUUCAGAGCUAUGGAGCAAGACAGCUUUUUACCUGAUUCUGUUUCCUACUUCUCACUCAUUCGAGCUUACACACAGAGUUGCAAAUACUCGGAAGCUGAGGAAGUCAUUAACUCUAUGAAGGAAAAAGGCAUUCCCACAUCUUGUGCGCAUUUCGACCUGUUGCUCUCAGCUUUGGCAAAGGCAGGGAUGAUAAGGAAAGCAGAAAGAGUCUAUGAUGAACUUCGAACUGCUGGUUUAAAUCCCGAUGUUACGUGCAAUCGAAGCUUGAUGAGAGGUUACCUGGAUUAYGGAUACGUCGAAGAAGGCAUCAAUUUCUUUGAAUCUACAUGGAAAUAUGCAGAAGGAGACAGGUUUAUAAUGAGUGCAGCCGUGCAUUUUUAUAGGKCUGCAGGAAAAGAGGUUGAAGCAUUGAAUAUUUUGAAUUCCAUGAAAAGUUUGAGCAUUUUGUUCUUGAAAGACCUUCGAGUUGGAUCAAAGCUAGAGACUGCUUAAAGCUUGAGCUUAUUCAGUGAUCUGGUCCACUGUUACGUUACCAGCAGGUUGUCGUCGACCGAGAAGCCAAGGGAGUUGAGAAGAUGCACCUAUAGGGAAUAAUAGAUAUGAAUAUUAUGCAUGAAGGAGCUCUAAUCUAUGGCUCUUGGACCAUUAUAUUCAUCAAAGUCCUUGGAACGAUAGCAGAAACAUCCCGUCCCAGGUUGCUUUAAGGAAAUCGAAGACUUGAAACUCGAUAAAGAUACGUGUGUGUGAAAGAUUACAGCAGCUGAUCUAACUGCUGUAAUCUAGCUGAGCCGACUUUGCACAUAAUCAAGGAAUUUGCAGACCGAGAUGGCUUAGUUUAGUAAUUAGUGACAUACGAGUAGCAGAAUCUAUGCCGAAAAACGACAUCGGUUGGAUCUGGAAACUGUUGGGAGGAAGUUUGAUGAGCUUGUGAACAGAAUUAUUUAUUGUGCUGGAAGAAGUUGUCAAGGGAAUAUUAGCGAUUUGGAGUGUAAUCUUCAUGUUGCUGCUUGAUCUAAGAUUGUAUCAUAUUUUUCAUUUCUCUU